UUUGGUGCAAAUCAAGAUUGCUCAAGAGCGCUGAUAAUAUUUAUCGGCAAAACAGUAACCUUUAAUUUAUAUAUUUGAGACUCAAUGUACGGAGAGUUUUCCAGCAAUAGUUUUCCAGAAGAAUGAGUUCAACUUGUGUGAUGCAUCUUAGCACAUAAACGAUCUUUUUAGUGACGUAUAUUUCGCGCGAAACUCCGUUUGGAAAAGCUAAGUGAAAGUGGACUGAUCAGAAAUGAGUAAAAAAGACAACGGUGCGUCACUCAUCCUUGCCUAUUUGAAUGAGAAGAAUCGGCCCUACAGUGCACAGGAUGUCUUUUGCAAUUUACAAAAGCAGCAUGGAUUGGGCAAAACUGCAGUUGUCAAAGCCAUGGAGCUGCUGGCUCUAGAGGGCAAGAUAAAGGAGAAAACAUAUGGCAAGCAAAAGAUUUAUUUUGCAGAUCAGGCUCAGUUCAAAGAUGUAAAUGAUGCAGACUUGAAGGCAAUGGACUGUCAGAUCUCAGAGCUCAUUGCAGAGGCGCAGUCCCUCACACAGAGCUGCAGACAGCUGGAUGCAGAGCUGAAGGAACUCAACAGCUCCCUGACAACAGAGGAAAUGAUGUCAGAGAUCCGAGAACUGAAAGCAGAGUGUUCUGAGUACAGAGCGCGUCUGGAGAAGAUAAAGUCUGCCACAAAUCAUGUCACACCUGAAGAGAAAGAGAAGGUCUACAAAGAGCGGACUGUUUACGUGAAAGAGUGGAAAAAGAGGAAGAGAUUGGCUUCAGACAUGAUAAAUGCAAUCCUGGAGGGGUAUCCCAAGAGCAAAAAGGAGUUCCUGGAUGAAGUUGGAGUCGAAACUGAUGAGGACUGUAAAGUGGUUGUUCCAAGUAACUGAAAGAACAAGAAAAACGCUUGUUCAGCUGCUUGAGUGAUGUAAGUCCCUGCAGUGCUCUGCUAAGGAGAUAGAUUACUCAUCAGAGCAGUCUGAGUCAUUGCACAUUACUUUAUUUAUAGCUUUUCUUUUGGACAAACAGUACACCUUAAAUAAAAGUUGAAUGGAGAAACAA